GUACUACAUAUACUCUGAUUCUUGAUAUCCUGACCGCUGGUCCUAAUAAUUGACCACACUUGACUGCACUCCCUCCUACACUAUCCUCCCUCAUCAUGGAUAUUCGUUCACUUCUCCUCCCGCUCCUCUAUAUCCUUUGCGCAAACGCCCUUCCUACCGAGGUGUCCCAAGAAGAAAAGGCUCUAAUUACUCCUGGACCGACCUUCGCGGUUUAUGGAGGCUAUCCUGCCGUGAAACGAGGUAUCGUCAGUGAUAUCACCUCAGACCUCACCUCAGAACUCGAUUCCUAUCUCAACAGUAUCUUCAGUGAGCUGGGGACGGCCAUACCCUCGUACGUGUCCAAUGGUCUGUUGCCCAACCUGGAGAAUUUGCCUACAGGCAGUGCUGUCGCCAGCUCCCUGGGUGUGAACAGUUCUGAUCUGGCUGCCUCUCCGACUCAAGUGUUGAAUAUUCCUGGCUACGGAAACUGGACGAGCGAUGGCUGGAGUUUGCGGAUACACGGGAAUGUCUUCAAGCAGCCCAACGUCUCCAAUGCCACUAUCGACAAGCUAGCCGAUGGCUUCCUAAUUGGCACCAGUAUUGCCAACCUUACUGCUUCGGAACAAGACCAAACUCGCAAUGUGACAAGAGAAAUAUACGUGGUUCAACAGAGCAACGAGUCAGUGACUAUGGAGAUUCUUCCCGGCGCCGAGGCUGGUUCUAGCGGUCAGGUCGGUGGCGGCGGUGGUGUCACGCCAGCAGGAGGUGAACAGACUAUCACGUUGCCGGACUUGACAACAUCAGAAGGAGAUUUCGAUGUUUUUGUUCCAGUAUCGAAUACUUCCUUGACGCUGACCGCUGGUACCGGUGAUAUAGCACCCCAGAGGUUGGAUGUCUACGCCCAGGGGACCGACACGGGGAAUGCCACGUCCUAUCUGGUCUCUGAUCAAGGCUUCACGAUCAUCAGCGAUAUCGAUGACAUCCUCCGCGUUACCAAGAUCUACGAACCAGCACAGGGCAUUCUCAAUACCUUUGCUCGCCCAUUCACGCCUUGGUUGAACAUGCCCGACAUAUAUGCCAACUGGUCGAACAGCAUCCCGACUAUGCACUUCCACUACCUCACUACCACUCCGGAGGAGAUCACGCGGAACUAUAUGAACUUCAUUUAUGCUACCUAUCCUGGCGGAUCGUUCGAUACACGUCCUCUGAACUUCAGUGAUGUCUCUGCAACGCUGUCCAUCCGCAAAUUUCUCCUCGUCAAGAUCUUCGAGACGUUUCCAAAUCGCAAGUUCAUCUUGGUUGCUGACACGAGUAACUCUGAUGUCAUGCGAGACUACCCUGAAAUGGCGACAGACUAUCCUGGUCAGGUGCAGUGCAUCUUUUUGCGCAAUACGAGCUCUACAGAUUCGGGUGACAAAUUCCCGUACAACACUGAGGGCUUCAAGGAUCUGAAUCAGUCGUCUUACAUGUUCUUCAAGGUGCCAGACGACCUUACGAAUCUGGAUAUCGUGAACGGACAGUGUUAUAACUCUUCGAUUCCUCAGAAUCUGACAUUCGGCUACCAAGGGCUACCAUUCGGGAUCGACUCGGGAAGCAGCAGUUCAAACAGCAGUUCAAGCAGUAGUGCAGCUUCAAGAUCGUGCAGAAUAGGAAGCUUCAUCGUGCUUGUUGCUGGGGUUCUAGCCUUCAUUAUUGUAUGAUUGCGCAAGUUGUCAAUCGCUGGUGCGGGCAGACUCCGUGACACGGUCGAGCAUCCAUUGUCUUUCAUGACCUCGGCCUGGUGACUGCAAAGCCUCUCCUUUCUGGACCAAGUACUCGAUUGUGCCGCUUUACGCGGGGCUAGACCAUCUGUCUGAAGGCUGUUUACCUGAAGAGGCUUCAUGGUAGAUAUUAGUACCCUCACCG